AUGUCGACGCGAUCGUCCUCGAUCGCGUUGUGCAAGCAGCAGCCACCCUUUAUUGAUUAUCUUAUCUCGGGUUUCGGCGCCUGUUUCAGGACCCUUAUUCAGUUUGAACCUCUCUGGACUUCGCGGCAGACUCAUAUCAUGCAAACCAACCUAAUCAACGGAGAAGGCGCAAUUCCGCCUAAAGAGAGCCCUACCACGGAGAAGCAUGCACAUGUUCAUAUCGCGGUAGAGAAAUCAGCGAGAGUGGUGCUGCCUGCCGACGAGCCAGUGGAUACCGAUGAAGAGGCCGAAGAGGAGGAGGUCGCAGAAGGAGACGAUGGUGAUUUCCUGGUUGACUUCCCAGACAAUACAGAGGAGCUCGAAUUGAUCCAUUCCCGUAUUGGGGCGCUCUCGAACCUUCGUCUACCGCGAUUCGGACCAUACCUGAAGAAGCUAUGCCUGAGGCAGAACGUCAUAACAUACUUGGAUCCGGAAAUUAUGGAUGAAUUGGUCGAAUUAGAGGAGCUGGAUCUAUAUGAUAAUAAGGUCAAAACGGUGGGGGAUUCGCUAAGGAAGAUGAAGAAGCUCAAGAUCCUGGAUCUGUCGUUUAAUCUUCUCAAGUCGGUGCCGGAAGGUCUGGCAGGGGUACCGACUUUGAAAACAGUGUUCUUUGUGCAAAACAAGAUCUCCAAGAUAAACAAUUUAGACCCCCUCGUAAACCUAACAAGUCUAGAGCUUGGAGGGAAUAGACUUAGGAAAAUAGAAAACUUAGAUGCGUUGGUGAACCUAGAAGAACUAUGGCUAGGGAAGAACAAGAUCACAAAGCUUGAAAAUUUGGGGACUUUGAAGAAACUCAGAAUCUUGGCCUUGCAAUCGAACCGGAUCACUAAGAUAGAGAACCUUGAAGGCCUCGAAAGUCUGGAAGAGCUUUAUCUUAGCCACAACGGGGUGAAGAAACUCGAAGGCCUUGAGCAAAACACGACACUGAAGACGUUGGACGUAGGCUCUAAUUUCAUUGAAGCAAUUGAGAAUAUUGCUCACCUAUCUCAUCUGGAGGAGUUUUGGGCCAAUGGUAACAAAAUCCCAAACCUUCUUUCCCUGGAGCUCCAAUUAUCACACAUCAAAACUCUGGAAACGAUAUAUCUCGAGGGUAACCCAUGCCAGAUGGACGACAUGGCGGGAUACAGGAGGAAGAUCAUCCUUACACUCCCUCAGCUAAAGCAGAUCGACGCGACGUAA